ACCUGUAGUUUUAACGUUGAAAAUGGCUUCAGUCACACGUCUAUUAAAACCGGCAAAGUGGUCCACCUUAACCUACCAAGCCUUGCCUAACUGAUGAAUAUUAUUUCUAAAAAUCAGAAUAUAAAUAAGAAAAUUACACAAUGAAGAACUGUUGUGAUUCGUCGAGUGUACCAAUCAGCUGCCUUGCUACAAACUGACCCUAGGCCUCAGUUACAAGCUUCGAGUGAACAGACUACAGUUUAAGAAUGUGGUCAGAUUGGGCUGGGUUGCUUGUGAUUUUAUUACAGUACAGUGCUGCAUUUUUACACAAUUGCAAGAUUAUGCUACAGGUAGUAAUGGUGGUAAAAGUUUUGGAUUAAGGGGAAAAAUAUUUUGUUCUAAAUGUCAAGUGUGGGAUAUCCUUUAGUAAACUUUUGGUGGCACAGAAUCAGAAAGCUUGCCUCUCACAACUACAUCUAGGGUUCGAUCCUAAGUUAGCUGGGAGAAGGUUGUUGUGCGGUAUGAGCCUACCAAAUAUGAUAGGUUGUCUCUGGGUACAGUACUCAAGUUUCCUCCUGUAGCUACAGUACUAACACUGGACCUCUGAUGAAGAGAGAAUCUCAUCAGGAAGAAUGGGGUAUUAAACAAGCCACUGGCUCCCGUCCCCGACCAAAGAGGACUACCAUAGCUUGCCUUUUGAGUAUAUUCUCCCGUAGAGCAGUAGAAACCUAAGACGUGUAGACUGAUAAUAGCAUAGCAUCUGACCCUUAAGAGCAUGGCUGGCUCAGCUGCUGCCCCAACAUCCUUAGUUGAGAUCACUGUAUCCUGCAGAAAUCUUCGGGACAGCGAUGUCUUCUCCAAAUCUGACCCGGUUUGUGUGCUGUUACACCAACCAUUUGGAUCCAAACAGUGGACUGAGUUCAAAAGAACUGAGUGUAUUGACAAUAAUCUCAACCCAGACUUUGCUACAAAAAUUCCAAUUACAUACCAUUUUGAAGAACAACAAAAUCUGAAAUUCAUGGUAUAUGACAUUGAUUAUGAAUCUCAGAACCUUGACCAUCAUGAUUUUCUUGGAGAAUAUGCGUGCACUCUUGCUCAUUUAGCCAGUUCUCGUACGGUUCACAAACCUCUGGUUAAUAAAAAUCAUAGUGGAGAUAAUGGUUCUAUUCUAAUUGUUACAGAAGAACUUAAUUCAUGUAAAGAGGAACUUGCUGUACAGUUUGUUGGCAAAAAUAUAGAAAAUAGGAGCUGGUUCUUUUCGAUAAGUCCAUUCCUAGAAUUUUUCAAAGCAAAUGAAGAUGGAACCUUCACUCUGGUUCAUCGAACAGAACCGGCACACAGUACUGAAAAUCCUGUCUGGAAGGAAUUUUCAGCACCUUUGCGAAGCUUCUGCAACGGUGAUUAUGACCGCAAUAUCCAGGUUAAAUGUAAGAACUUCAAAUCAAGUGGCGAUCACAAGCUUAUUGGCUCUUUCAACACUACAGUACGAAAACUGAUUGAGGGACCCGGCCCAAGUAAUACAUAUUGGAUAAUCAACGAAGAAAGAAAGAAGAAAAAGGGCAGUAGCUACAAGAACUCUGGGGAAGUGAUGGUUAAUAAGGCCCAUGUUCGUCAGGUUUACUCAUUCAUUGACUACAUCAAGGGUGGCAUGGAGAUAAAUGCAUUCAUUGCUAUUGAUUUCACAGCCUCAAAUGGUAAUCCCCAGACGCCACAGUCCUUACACUUCAUCACUGCAGCCGCUCCAAAUCAAUAUGCACAAGCCAUCCAGUCUGUUGGGGUGAUAAUUGAAGAUUAUGACACUGAUAAAUACUUCCCAGUUCUGGGAUUUGGAGCCAAGAUGCCGCCGGAUUAUUCUCAGGUGUCACAUGAGUUCUUUGUAAAUGGAGAUCCUUCAAAUCCUUACUGCCAUAGAGUUCAAGGAGUUCUUGAGGCCUACUAUCAGUGUGUGAGACGAGUUCAGCUUUAUGGGCCCACAAAUUUUUCUCCGAUCAUCAAUCAUGUGGCCCGUUUUGCUUCCUCAAACCAGAAUGGGGAGAAGUACUUCAUUCUCCUGAUACUGACUGAUGGGAUCAUCACUGACAUGCCACAAACUAAAGAGGCCAUUGUUAAUGCUUCAGCCUUGCCCAUGUCCAUCAUCAUUGUGGGAGUUGGAAAUGCUGACUUUGAUAACAUGGAGGAACUGGAUGGAGAUACUGUACGUCUGUCCAGUAACGGUCGUUAUGCUUCUCGCGAUAUCGUACAGUUUGUGCCUUUUAGGGACUUUUUGAAGGGGCAUAGUGAUCCCCACACAGCUGGGAUCAGGUUGGCCAGAGAAGUACUUGCUGAAAUUCCUACUCAGAUUCUGUCCUUCAUGAAAGCCAAUAACAUUGUUCCUCAACCACCUAAGGUUAAUGAAUCAUCUCUGCCACAAAACAUUGAGUAAUCAUCCUGCCUUAGACUCUGAGUUAAAAGGUACAAGUUGGAUACACAUUGUAUAAGUUGCUCACCAGGAUGAAAGCAAGAUAGGUGUACCGUAUAUGUGAUGACCACAGAACUGAUAUACAGUACAUUUGUCACAGUUAAAAUUCAUCCAAUCAAAUUGCCUGAUUUUAAUCAAGCAAUGUGAAAGUUGUCAUAGCUUUUUGUGGGGGUAGAUUAGACUGCAGUAAAAGUUGGUGCUUAUGACGAUUGAAGUGGGCCAAUAUAAUUUUCUCCCAUGAAUGAUGUUGAAGAAAAGUAAUACUCAUACAGUAUAUUGUGCAGUACUUUACUGUACUGUAUAUAGAAUGCAUGAGCGGUGUAGACACAUUAAGAUUCCACAAGUUCCAAAUAUAAUUUAUAUUUUUAACUUCCUUGCUUUCUCUUUCAACGUUGCCAUUAUAUUGUACAGUACUUACAGCACUGUCUCUAUAGUUUUGUCACAUCUCAUUCUUCACUACAAUCAAAAACUACUAUACCUACCCUUAACCCCUUCACAAUGGGUAUGCCAGACAAGGGGGUUAAAAAAUAUUCAACAUUUCUUUUUAUUACAGUUUCUCUUUUUGUUUCUUGUAGUGUGUGUGGCAGGUAGCAGAAGACAUAGAUAAUAUGAACAAAUAGAGAUCAAAUCAAUUAAACUUGGUUAGUGGAUGUAAACCAACAAGAUCCUUAGUGAGCUCAGUACCUGGUAGUUCCCACAAUAUUUUGGGUAGUAAUGACCCAUUCUGUCUCAGUGGCAACAAUGCACACUCAACCUCCGCAGUUAAUUGUCUUUGUCACAUUGUACCAUUCCAUAGUUUUUGUUAAUACUGUACUCUCAAUAUACUAUGUUAGCUUCAAUGUUCCUUGUCAGUUAUUUCUUCAUAAUACAAUCAACAAGUAUGUCAUCCAAGAGUGCCUUACACCGGCUGCAGUCACUAACUACAGUACAAAGUGUAAGUGGUAACACUGUACUGUACACUAUUAAUACCAUACAGUAACAUUUUAUACAGGAGUAAAAUACUACAUUUAUAUUUAGUCUUGUGUUGUACAAAUACAUUUUAUACGUUUCCUCUAUGUUUGUCUCUAGACACAGACACUGUAUUGUGAUGGCCUACAAAUUCAUUCCUUUUAGCGGGUAUCUCAGGAGCAGUGUGUCGAGACUAGGGUUUAGUUUUAUGGUCUGUCACGCACUGAUAAUACAACUUGUAAUCCCUGUGUUUAAGUUUUGUCCUGUUAUAUGGAGCCCACUUCCUUAUUAUCAGCAGCACUAUACUUUUUACUUUUAUCCUCUUCACCACUGAUCGGUUCGUUAGCUGCUUGGGCAAUCGGUCACGUCUCUGUUUCACACUGUUGGCAAGUACUGGGCAUGCACCGGUUCCUGAAUGUACCCGAACCUACUCCAGUAUUGGUCAAGUCUGGUCUUGAAAGAGCUCACACUCGGUGCCGUCACAAUGCUCUCUGGCAGAUUGUUCCAAGAGUUCACAACUCUCACUCCGAAAAAGUUUGCCCUCACAGUUUUCUGGACCUGUGGCUUCUUAAAUCUUGAGCUGUGACCCCUUGUGGGGCGAGCGUCCGCCAGCUCAUACUUAAUACUGCUGCUUGUCAGUACAGUACUGACAUUUAGUGCUAUGAAGUAAAAUGAGCAUAUUGUUUAAUAAUUGUAUUAUAAUAAAGUACUGUUCUGUUAUAUUAGGUGACUCAUGUAGGAUUUUAUUUGUUAUGUAUGUUGGAUUAUUUUAAAUACUGUACCAUAAUGUAAGGUUUUCUGGGCAUUCCUUGUGUGUGAAUUGCUGUGUAAUUUUAAAUAUAAAAUCAAAAUAUAUAGAUACAGUAUAUAAUAGACUUAAGGCAGGCAGUCAUCCCUCAACUGCAGCAUCACUUCUGUUCUUUCUGUUGUUUUUUUAACUAUUUUAUACUUGUUUAGACUGACAUAAAACAUGUCAGGGAGAAACAAACUUAAUUUAUGAGCUUAAUUAUGGAAGUUUAAGGUUUUUUAUAAGGUUACACUGAGGUUACCCGUUAGUAACUUAAACAUGGGCUCACAACCUUUACUUGGGUGUUGUGUUCCUUCUAAGACAAGCUCACUUUUAUUAUAUAGAAAUUAGGAAAAGUCUCAGCUUCGUGAAAUCUGGUCCUGGUUUUGAGGAUGUUAAAGAUUUUUAAGAAUGUGUUUUUGAUGUUUACAAAUAAAGAGUUUUAACCCUC